AUGCCACAGACCAGUCCCUACAGCUGCCUGGGGUGCAUGCUACUGGCACUCUGGAGCCUGAAGGCUACCCUUGCCUUUCCCAACUCCUCUCCACUGCUGAAUCCCAGCUGGGGAAAUGAAGAUCGCCUGAUGCACCUCUACACAGACACUGAGAGGAAUAGCUUCCAUCUCCAAAUCAAUGCUGAUGGCUAUGUUGAUGGCGCUCCUCACCAAACCAUUUACAGUGCCCUAAUGAUCAAGUCCGAGGGUGCUGGCUCAGUAAUAAUCACAGGUGUGAAGAGUGGACUCUACCUAUGUAUGAACAUGAAAGGAGACAUUUUUGGUUCGCAUUACUUCAGUGAAGAGGACUGCGUGUUCCACCACAGGACACUGGAAAAUGGAUAUGAUGUGUACCAAUCUCCCAAGCACAACUUCCUAGUUAGCUUAGGCAGAGUUAAACAAGCUUUCUUCCCCGGUAUGAAUCCACCACCAUACUCCCAGUUUUUGUCUAGGAGAAAUGAAAUCCCUUUGUUUCGAUUCAACACACCUGAGCCCCACAGAAAUACUAGAAGUGCAGAUAUUGAUCCAAUGGAUCCUCACCAGAUCCUGGUCCCACAGAGAAAGAUCUCCAUGUUCGGGUCUCAGCUACAGCAACAAGCACACAUUUCACACAUGCCCAAAGAACCUGUGAGAAUCAAUCAGAACGAUGUCGUCGACCCAGAUGAUCCACAUGCUAUGAUGCAUGCCAGGAGGUACCCAAGUCCUCGGUUUUAUAUUACAAGAUAA